AUGCAUCUCCGAGUGGGCCAGUCUGCCCCACUCUGCUUUAGCUCCGCCUCCCUUCUCCUCCGCAUCUGUCUGUUCUGCCAGGGCAUGGGAGAGCCGUUCAACAACCAUGCAGCAGUAAAGGCAGCAGUGGAGCUCAUGGGUAUGGGAGAGCCGUUCAACAACCAUGCGGCAGUAAAGGCAGCAGUCGAGCUCAUGGUGGCUCCAUACGGCUUCCACAUGUCGCCCAACCACAUCACCGUCUCCACAGUGGGGGUGGUGCCGCAUAUCCGUUCCUUCGCCUCCGCCUUCCCCUCACUCAAUCAGGUUCCCGUAUUCCCUCCCCUCCCCAAACUCCCUUCCGCUCCGCCCCAUCAGGUGGGUGUGGUGCCGCAUAUCCGUUCCUUCGCCACUGCCUUCCCCUCGGUCAACCUCGCUCUCUCCUUGCACGCCCCCUCGCAACCCCUCCGCAUCUCCAUCGUCCCGUCGGCCCGAGCCUAUUCCCUGGAAAAGCUCAUGCAGGCAGUGGACGAGUACCAACAACAAAGGUACGGAGAAGGAAACCCAGUGCAGUGCAGAGAGUAG